AUGAGAACAGAGAAACAGAUGAAGAUUGAGGUACGCAAUUUGAGUGACGUUUGAGGAUGUGUUGAUGUUGUGGUGGAAUGAGACGUUUGUCUCUUUGGCUGUGGAACAAUUUAGCUAUUAAUGUUCCUUUCCCAUAUUUCAUACACAUAUUUGAAGAAAUUUUACGUUCGUGGUAUCCUCAUGUCAAAAUAAAAACGUAGUUCAAAUCACUCCUCUGAUGUUCGUCAGUUUGUGUAAAUGUAACAUCAGAGGUGAAGUUUUAUAUCAUGCCGGGCAAUAGAUAUCAGCCUUCUCCUUUGCCCAGCAGAAGCUCUUCUUCGUUAAGCAAUAAUAUUAGGCCAGGCUCACCAUUGCCCGUACCAGUGGGAUAUAGAUUGGACUGUAUGAGUGCUGCAGCGAAACGAUACAAAUACCUCAGGAGACUCGUGAAGUUCCAUCAGAUGGACUUCGAGUUCGCAGCAUGGCAGAUGAUAUACCUAUUCGUUUCGCCCCAACGAGUUUACAGGAAUUUUCACUACCGAAAACAAACAAAAUCACAGUUUGCAAGGGAUGAUCCAGCAUUUCUUGUUCUCCUGAUGUUUUGGUUGUGUGCAUCCUCUGUUGGAUUUGCCAUUCUUCUGCACUUGUCAUUCUGGGAGUAUUUCAAAUUCCUGCUUUAUGUGGUAUUUGUAGACUGUAUUGGAGUUGGUCUCCUAAUAGCUACUUUUCUGUGGUUUGUUACUAACAGAUACAUGAUAAAACCGUCAUGUCGAGAUCAGGAUGUUGAGUGGGGUUAUGCAUUUGAUGUUCAUCUCAAUGCUUUCUUUCCUGUCCUGAUUAUUCUACAUGUGUUCCAACUGUUUUUCUAUAGAGGUUUGCAAAUUCUGCAGAGAACUCAUAUACUUCUUUAUCCACUGACAGUGUUGCUGGCAUUGUAUGUUAUAACAUUGAUGUCUGGUUGGAAUAUAUCUCAAGAUAUGAUGAACUUUUAUGAAAGAAGAGUAACGUAACUGAAGACGUGAAUCAGUGAAGUGUUGAAUAUGUAUAACAUGUAUUAUAACAAAGUAUCAGAGUGGUAACAAAGGAGAUGUUGUAAUGUGACAGUAUUGUCAUAAACAGUGUUCGUGACAUUAACUUUUUGUACCCAAGGCAGUGAAAAAAAAUAAUAAUUUGCCUUAUUUUCGGUAAUGUAAAUUAGUUAAAUUGUUUCUUUUAAUAUGUGAUUGUAAAUAUAUAUUUCAGAGUUUUGAUA